AUGGGGAAAGGGGCUGAUCAGCCAUUUGGAGGUGAUUUUGGCUCCCUGGGGACACCUAGUUUCAGAAACCAUCCCUGUGGCCAUAAAUACAACAGUAAGCAAUGUCUUUCUUUUUUCUUUCUAGAUUGGCAGAUUGCUACUCUGGCUUUACUCUUGGGUGGCGCUGCCAUCAUUCUCAUUGCAUUCCUGGUGGGUUUGAUUUCUAUCUGCGUGGGAUCUCGAAGGCGCUUUUACAGACCUGUUGCUGUGAUGCUUUUUGCAGCAGUUGUUUUACAGGUUUGCAGCCUGGUCCUUUACCCAAUCAAAUUCAUUGAAACUGUGAGCUUGAAAAUUUACCAUGAGUUCAAUUGGGGUUAUGGCCUGGCGUGGGGUGCAACUAUAUUCUCGUUUGGGGGUGCCAUCCUUUACUGCCUGAACCCUAAGAACUACGAAGACUACUACUAGAACCAAUAGUCUCAAAUCGGGGGCGGGGCGGGGAUGGAAACAUCCAACAGGGAUACGUCUGCAUCUUUUCUAACUCACUGUUUUCUAAAAACACUUGUGGAGUGUCAAGCAGUUUGCUGAGUUGAUUUAAUAUCUUUUGCCUUUUGGCUGUCAACAUCAUAACCGGCUUUUACAUCCAUUUUAGGGACCUGCACAAAUUAAGAGAGCUGAUUAGACAUAGGCAAAUGCUGCAAACUUCCAAUAUGUUCAUGCAAUUUUUCUUGCCAAGUGAAGGGUCUGUAUGACAGCGCCCAUUGUGGGAAACUAGCUGGAAUGAGAAAUGCCUGAAUCUCCCGUUGCCUGCAGGGGCGCAGCUGGCAUAAGCCACUUGUACAAGUUCCUUUGCUCUGACAAGGGUCCUUAUCAGCUGCUUUUCCCAACCAGUAACUCCAUUGCCAUUGGUUUUAUCUUGAGUGAGCUCUGGAAUAGUGAACUGCCCAUCGGCAUCUAAUGGGAGUCCUGAAUAUAAGUGAUCAAUGGUACAUAUUCCAUCUUCGAGAAUAUUCUUUUUAAUGGGAAGGUGUGCUUUGGCAAUCAGCAUUUCCUUGGGAAGGCAGUCAAGACGUAGAGACACGUGCUUUCAUUAUGUGGUUAGAAAAUUGUGCCUCAGCCAGAUCUAGAAUGAGGAGAACUGGGAGGCUCUGCUUUCCCUGGGGCAACUAGAAAGAAAUCUGCAUGAGUUGCUUUUGUCCUAAGUACUCGUUAAAUCAUUUAACGAACAUUACAGCAGAUAAUUGUGCAUAUGUAACAAGCUUAAAUAGUUUUAUCGAAGAUGGACCAUUAGUACAGAUGGUAAUACGUUGUUCCCUAGCCCUACACUUGCAUUUGCCUAUUACACGUAAAAUUGAUAUUUGCUCUAGUGAAGUGAUUUGAACACUGACUGUGUACACGUUGUUAAGAGGCUUAGAUCGGUAUGCACACUUCUUUACCGUACAAAAGUACAUAUUAAAGCUUUUGCUCUAUGUUCUCUACUGUUUCACUGGAAAGUUUUAAUAGAAUUGUAUAAGAAGAAAAAUUGAAAUGGUGUUAAUCUGAAAAUUAUUGAUUCUCCUAUAAGCACUGUAGUUCAAAAGAGAGUAGCAGUUAGGAUGAUCAUUUUGUUUAAAAUAGAAGGCUGCUUUUUUUUCUCAAGUAUUUUAAAUAUCUUUAUUAGAAAAUAAAGGAAUAGCGAUAGAUUUAUAUGAAUGUCUAAAUGUCUCAGUAGAGGAGUUCAUCUGGUUAUCACCGGGUCCUCUGAUGUUAAGGAAUGGGCUAAUUGAUUUGUGCACACAAUUAUGAUGGAUUUAUGUUAAGGAAAUCAUUUGUUGACUGUUUAAAUGAAAGGAAAUAUCAAUAAUAGGGAAUAAGUUUGCAACUAAUCUCACACCGCAAACUUGUUCAUCUUAAUCCUGUUUAAUAUACAAAUUUGGAUAGUUUAAUUAUAAACAUAUUUUUAUAUCAAAUACACAGUUCUAAUAUAAAAGUUAUAAAUAAUUAUUUUUGUUAACAAAGGCACUAAAACAGUAUGUCCUGGUUUUGGCCCUCCUGCAGAAAGAAGCAUUGAAAAAAAAUCAUUGAAAACACACCUAUGUUCUCUUGUAUUGCAAAAUCUCUUAAGAGCAGGACCACAUCAAUAGUAUUUGAUAAUUUGCUUUACCUCCCAAAGCAAAGUUCAGCUUGUCUUAAGAACUGUUGCCAAAACAACAGGAAAAGAAAAAAAAAAAAAACUAUUUUAUUAUUCAAAUGUUUUAAAACCUCUUAUCUUCUGACUUUUCUAUAGAAUCACAAAGUAAAGAUGAAGUAUCAGGCUAAUUAUUUUAGCAGUGACAGACAGAAGUGAUUAAACGCAUCCUAGAGAGAAACCUUUAUAAAAAUGUACGUUUCUAUGUAGACUCACAAGAAACGGUGAGCGGACACUUUCCCGAAAGAUGUUAGUCUUAUAGGAUCUUUUGAAGCAAUUUUCUUGAGAAAUACACUUAGGAAAAUGUGGGCCAGACUGUCUUGCAGUUAGUUAAUUGCUUAUUGUCAGAACAGCAUGAGAAAUACGAUAUUCGUUGCAAAGGGAUUUCGGCUACUAAACACUAUUGGGAGAGAAUCUCUUUAUUCCUGAAUAAUGGAAGACCAGUACUCUGGUGUCGACAUCAGUGAGGCACUUUUCUUAGUCCUACUAGAGGAUGCAGUGUGCUCUUAGGCUAAAUAUCACAUCUCGAGUCUUACCAGGUUUUCAUUCUCUGUCAAUAGGACCAGCUGGGAAAAUGACAGAAUAAAUACGUUAGCAGCUAAGGCACACAUAUUUGCAGUUUGCUGAAAAGGAGAUUGCUUUUCAAACUCCCCCCCUUCCCAGGGAAGAGCCCCAUUCUAGAUUUCUGCCAUGGCCAAUGUUCAGGAGCGUCUCAUUACUAACAAGCCCAGCACACGAGCUGUUGCUCAUCGGAAACACAGUUUCGUCUCUCAGAACAAACACGAGUGGAUUUCUCAGCUACAUUAAUAUCACGUCUUCGCGGCUGUCGGUUCGUUUGCUGUUUUCUCACGAGCAAAACCGUUCACGAGAAACUCCCUGUUUGUCUUGGAGGGAGAGGGAACACAUAUGCGUAUAGCAAAAAGUACUCAGCAGGGCUCGUUAGACUCGGAUUUCUUGCACAACUGUUUAGCUUUUUGUAAGUCCAACAUGUAAAUUUUCAAGACAAAUAGAGAGAGACCUAUGUGUUUGAAAUAUAAAUGAUAUAUGUGGAUUAGCAUGUACCUGUAUAUUAUUAAACAUGCAGUGAACUGGCUGGUAAGUGAUGUCUGUGUACGGCUAGCAAUGUAAUUUAUUCAGACUGUAUUUUUGUACAGAGCAGCGCACACUAACCUAUGCCUCUGUGUCCUCUUUGAUGCCUAAAACUGUGCCUAGAAAUUUCAUCUGUCUUAAAAAUACAAUAUAACUUCAUGCUGUUUAUGCCCUUCGUUUCUCUACUGCUGUUCUAUAUUUAUUAUUUGAAAAUAUAUGACAUGUUUACUACUUAAAUAUGAAUUCAUGGUAUCCCGGUUAUUUUUUUUUUUUCUAACAGUCCACUGGGGGCAACCUGUUUAUCACUCCAGUGGUUUUGGGUUUGCAGUUUCAGGAUCAAUUCUUAAUUUCAUGAUUUUUGUAGCUGACAUGAAGUUAUCUAUGUGGAAAAAAUAAAAAUAAAAGUGGCUUCACUGAU